CCUUUAUAUCCGUCUCCGGAGAUUGUCCCCUCCACAUGGAUGAGAUCCGCCACUUUCUGAACCUGUGCCCGGAGCUCUCCCUCGGCUGGUUUGAGGAAGGGCGGCUCGUGGCGUUCAUCAUCGGCUCCCUCUGGGACCAGGACAGGCUCAGCCAGCGCGCCCUGCUCAUGUGUGAAGAUUUCCUCGUCCCCUUCUACCAGAAAUGCGGUUUCGAGGUGCUGGGCCCCUGCGAGGUGAUGGUGGGUGAGCUGGCGUUCGUCGAGAUGCAGCACCCCGUGCGGGGACAUGCCUUCAUGCGCAGGAACAGCGGCUGCUGA